AUGGCUCCCAAAAUUCCUCCUGGAUUUCAUGGGAUCAUACGUAUCAUAUGGUUCGAGUACGAAGAGCUGGUCGACGACUGGGGAGUGGACCGAUAUUGGAAGCGGGGACGCGUCAAGACGGAGGACGUGAAGUUUGCCAAGGUUUUGACUCGGGUUGCGUCGAACGAGGUUCCUUCAAACCUGACUUCCUGCGCAAUCGCGGACUCUCCUUGCAUCAUCGGCAAGCAGCAGGAGGAAGUCCAGCCUCUUCUGCGUCGGCCAGUGUAUCUCAACAUCUACGACUGCGGCCAGGAGAAAUGUGUGUCUAUCCUGAACAAGGCGCUGGGGGUAACGUGUCUUGGCGGGAUAUACCACGCCGCUGUCGAGGUGGAUGGCUUGGAAUGGUCCUUUGACGGCAGUCCAUCAAGGACAACCCCCGGACUGCGCUGCUUUCAGCCGCGGUGCGACCCGGACCACGUGUAUCGACAAACAGUGAAGUUGGGGGAAACUGACUGCAGCCCAGAAGAUAUCGCGGAGAUCGUGUCGCAGAUGUUGGAGGAGUACCCGGGAGAUGACUACGAUAUCUUGACUCGCAAUUGCUGCAACUUUGCGGAUGAUUUCAGUCGGAGGUUAGGGCUUCAUGGCAUCCCAGGCUGGGUCUCGCUACGCUUGGCAAGGGCAGCGUCCACGCUUCAGGCAUUGGCGCUCCAAGUAUCCUGCUGGACAUGGUGA